CUGUUGCAGGAGUUGACCGCGCCGACAGCGGUGACCGAGCGAGGGGAAAGGCGGCGGGCGGCGGCGGGGCGCUGCCGCUCCAGGCCGGAGUUGGAAGUGAGAGGCGGGGCCAGGCGCCCGGAGCUGCCCGGACGGGAGUCAGUUUCAACACAGCGGUUCUAGCCAUGGGUUUGUCUACAUCGACCCCCGCUGCUGCAGUCCAGACCUCAAGUGCUUCAGACCACCAGACUACAUCCGCGACUGCAUCCCCGCCUUCAGGAUGUCCAAUGCAUGAAGGGAAAAUGAAAGGUUGUCCCGUGAGUGCACAGCCAACCAAUGAGAGCAAAACCUGCUCCGGGCCUGCCCACCAGGAACGUGCGUACGAGUAUGUGGAGUGUCCUGUUACAGGCGCUGCAAAUAAGGAGAACCUGGAUCCUUCGAAUCUGAUGCCACCACCUAACCAGACUCCGGCCCCCGAUCAGCCAUUUCCACUCUCUACUGCCAGAGAGGAGUCAUCCAUUCCAAGAGCAGAUUCUGAGAAAAAGUGGGUUUAUCCUUCGGAACAGAUGUUCUGGAACGCGAUGUUAAAGAAAGGGUGGAAGUGGAAGGACGACGACAUCAGUCAGAAGGACAUGCACAACAUCAUCAGAAUCCACAACCAGAACAACGAGCAGGCCUGGAAGGAGAUUUUGAAGUGGGAAGCGCUUCAUGCUGCGGAGUGCCCUUGCGGUCCCUCGUUGGUCCGGUUCGGAGGUAAAGCCAAGGAGUACUCACCGCGAGCAAGAAUCCGCUCCUGGAUGGGGUACGAGUUGCCUUUCGACAGGCACGACUGGAUCAUCAACCGCUGUGGGACGGAAGUCAGGUACAUCAUUGACUACUACGACGGCGGAGAGGUCAACCAGGACUACCAGUUCACCAUCCUGGACGUCCGGCCAGCGAUGGAUUCACUCUCGGCGGUGUGGGACAGGAUGAAGGUCGCCUGGUGGCGCUGGACCUCAUAAGCGCUGCUUUGUUAGAGAUGGGAAAAUAUAAACUAUUUUUUUUUCCUGAGGAUUACAUUAAACUAUUUUCCCCACACUGAAUUGCACUUAUGAUGUACUGGGAAGGUCAAGUGGGUGAUGGCCUUACAUUUCACUGAGCGAGGAGGGAUAGCAUGCGAGUGCCCUGUGGAGUUCUGUUUCCGCCCUGCCGUUUAUUGCGGGGCAUUUUAAGUUUCCUUCCCACUGAGGUCAAGUGGGAAGCGGUCCCUUCAUUUUCCCUUUCACGGCAGUACUGCAUGUGCAUUGCAUCUAGAAAAGCCAACAGCGUCUGGAACGGCUCUUUUCCUUACAAUGUGAAGAGAGCUGCUCUUUUUGUUACUGUCUCGAGUACUUGAGAUACACACCCGAAAACCCGUGUGAUCUGCAGGACCUUUUACCGGGUCAAAUAUUUUAAUUGGAGCUGUUCACUUACGCUUUUUAAAGAGUUACCAGCAUUUUUAAAGUCCCUACGAUAUAGUAGUGACCCCUGAAGGAAAUGCAAAGGUUUACACAGGAACACAUUCGGCAAAAGUAAGAUGUGUCUUGGCUCUCCAAAUCCUCAUAAAUUUUCCACACUGGACCUUGUAGUAGAACAGUUUCGAUUCCCCCAUGAUUUGGUGGUGCAUGUGCAUUAGAAUGUGUUUUAACACUUUAAUUUUCAUUUGACUCUCAGUUGUUUGGAUACGUAACUGCUGCCAACAAGCAGGUGUCAUUGCCCACUCUCGAGUCCCAUUCCUUCUGCCUGCAGUUGGCCUGAUCUGAACCUUCAUGGUCUGGUUCAAGGUGCAGUGUUCGGGGUGGUCCCUGUCUAAAACGUGACUCUUAUUUUGUUGAGUGUUAGAAUUCACAGAGAGUAUUUUUCCCAAACAACAGUAUUUGCAUCAGCUUCCUGUCUCCAUUCAAAUUUUUUUUAAGGGAGCUCUAAGUUUGGCGUUGAAAUUCUUGGUACCAGUAAUCCAUAAAGUAGUUGUUCCUCUUAGAACAGCACGUGAUAAGUAACUAUCGGGGUUUUUCUCUGUUGUUUUGAGUUGGUAAUAGUAACUCCUUUCAUUUCUCCUAAAUACUGGAAUUGUUACGUGAGUAGAUGGAAUUAGUCUACAGUGGUUAAUUUAGUACGGAUUUCUUUGUUGUGACGGCUUUGCGUGGACUUUGUUUUAAAUCCAACAACCUUAAGCUCUUCUACAUUUCAAGAUAUUUGUAUAUUUUAAAAUAAAGCUCACCGUUAACUGGUUUUGAAAAUUUC